CUUAUUUCUCUCUUUCUCUAAACACCAUCGCCACAGAGCCACCAAAGCAUUCAAGCAAUCUUUGGGAGACGUAUCCAAAAUGUCGAAAAUCUCUGUUGCCGGCGUUCGCGUCAACGUCAAGGAACUCCUCGAGUACAGCAAUGAAACCAAGAAGCGCAACUUCUUGGAGACAGUCGAGCUCCAAAUCGGCUUGAAGAACUACGACCCGCAGCGCGACAAGCGUUUCAGCGGCACCGUCAAGCUCCCCACCAUUCCCCGCCCGCGCAUGUCCAUCUGUGUGUUAGGUGACCAGCAUGAUAUUGAUCGGGCUAAACAUCACGGUGUCGAUGCUAUGUCCGCUGAUGACUUGAAGAAGCUCAACAAGAACAAGAAGCUCAUCAAGAAACUCGCGCGCAAGUACGACGCAUUCAUCGCCUCCGACGCUCUCAUCAAACAGAUCCCCCGUCUCUUAGGCCCAGGUCUCUCCAAAGCCGGAAAAUUCCCCUCUCCCGUCUCUCACGCCGAAGAUCUCGCCAACAAGAUUAGCGAAGUCAAGUCUACCAUCAAGUUCCAGCUUAAGAAGGUGCUGUGUAUGGGUGUCGCCGUCGGAAACGUUGGUAUGACUGAAGACGAGCUGAUUGGCAAUAUCAUGUUGGCCAUCAACUACCUUGUUUCGCUGCUGAAGAAAGGCUGGCAGAAUGUUGGCUCCUUGACUAUUAAGGCAACGAUGUCACCCCCUAAACGUCUCUACUAAGUUACGGAAGGUGGUAGUACGUAGAGACUGAUAUAUUUGCAUGAUGAACCCCAAAGUCACCUGCCUCCUUCUGGGCGUGGAAGCUUUUGGUCCUCACAGGUCACUGGUAGGAAUUGCAGAUAGCAAAUGGAUUAGCAUGAAACCCCCUCCAAGAGGUCAUGAGUAUAUGCGAUAAUUGU